AUUUUGACAAAUCUUCCCGAACCGCAACCGAAUCGGGUUUAAUUUUUUAUAAAAAUCAUAGCUUACUUUAUAUUUAUUGAAUAUUAUUAUUAAAUGUUGAAUUGUUUAUGAUCGAUCUGUGAUAUUUCCGCAUAAAAUAUUGCUUGUCUUAAAAGUUUUACAAACGUGCAAUGAUAAAAAUUAACCUAUAAAUAAGUCAUCACUGAAGUACAAAGUAAACAUCGAUAAGUCACCCAACAUGAACAACCAUAAUGCUGGUGUAUGUGAUAUUAAAAAAGAAUAUAUCAUUUCGAAACAAGAUAAUGUUGAAAAUAAUGACCUUAAUCAUAAACGCAAACUCAGUGAAAACAAUGAUACCGACUUGAAGAAGGCACGAAAUAAUGAAAAUAAUGACCAAUCCAACAAGUCUAAAAAGAAAAGAGGCCAAAACAAAGCAAGACCAAAAACAUUUCAAGACAACAAGGAAAGUAAACCAUGCCCCACUAUUGUUAAUGUAAAUUCCAAAGAUGAAAUAAAACCUUGCCAAUUUGCUAACUGUCAAUAUAUUCAUAACCCUCUGGACUAUUUAAAGUCCAAACAAGAAGAUAUUGGUAAAGAAUGUCAUUUGUUUAAAUUAAGAGGGAGAUGUCCAAGAGGAAUAUCAUGUCGUUUUGGUUCUAGUCAUAUCACAGAAGAUGGCUACAACAUGAUAGAUGAGGCAAAGGCUAAACUAUGGAAGGAAGAUACUAAAAAUACUCUCCAACAUGAUCUUCAAUUAAAGUUGCAAAAAAGAAAGUAUGAUUUUACCUUGGCUGAAAAACUGGUUAAGUCUUUAGAUACAAGAAAUAAAUCUGAUAAAAACGAGAUUGAAGUUGAUUCAAAUAUUACAGAGACCAAAGACUCUGAUAACUCCAAUAAGAUUGGUGCCAUACUUGAUGAAGAUUUAAUUAAAUUAUUACCAAGAGAAAGAAAAAUGAUUGAUUGGCAAAAUAAAUUAUAUCUUAGUCCUCUUACCACAGUAGGGAAUUUACCAUUCAGGAGAAUUUGUAAAGAAUAUGGUGCAGACAUUACUUGUGGUGAAAUGGCUCUGUGUGAAUCAUUAUUAAAAGGCUUCAAACAAGAAUGGGCACUGGUUAAGAGACACGAGUCUGAAGAUUUAUUUGGGGCUCAAAUUUGCGGAAACAAUGCCUAUGCAAUAACAAAGGUAGCACAGCUGCUAAAAGAAAACACUGAAUUAGAUUUCGUAGAUUUAAAUCUUGGAUGCCCAAUUGAUUUAAUUUAUAAGAAAGGUGGAGGCAGUGGAAUGAUGCAUAGAAUGCCUGCAUUAGAAGUAUCAGUUAGAAGUGCAUCCAAGUUGUUAAAUAUACCAUUCACAGUGAAAAUUAGGACCGGAGUGUAUCAAGAUAAGAAAAUUGCACAUAACAUCAUUCCAAAAGUAGUGGAUUGGGGAGCAUCUCUUGUUACUCUACAUGGGAGAUCAAGAGAAGCUAGAUAUACUAAAUUAGCUGACUGGGAGUAUAUUGAAACCUGUGCAAAAGCUGCUGCACCAUGCCCACUUUAUGGCAAUGGUGAUAUCCUUAGUUAUGAGGACUACAAGCACAGAAGAGAAAUAGCACCAACUGUUCAGGGAGUGAUGAUUGGCAGAGGUGCACUAAUAAAGCCAUGGAUAUUUACUGAAAUUAAAGAACAGAAGUUAUGGGAUAUAAGUAGCAAUGAAAGACUUGAUAACAUUAGAAAGUUUACAAACUUUGGUUUAGAACACUGGGGCUCAGAUACACAAGGGGUUGAAAACACUAGACGAUUCUUACUUGAAUGGUUAUCUUUCUUAUACCGUUAUAUUCCUGUUGGCUUGCUAGAGCGACCACCCCAAAAAAUUAAUGAGAGACCACCAACAUAUUUUGGACGAAAUGAUUUAGAAACUUUAAUGGCCUCUGGUAAUUGUGCAGACUGGAUUAAGAUAAGUGAAAUGUUACUGGGUCCAGUUCCUGAUGGAUUCCAAUUUCUACCUAAACAUAAGGCUAAUUCUUAUUAGUGAUUGAUAUUGUUAAUAUUAUGAUUGUCUGCUCAUAAUACUUAUAUGUAUGUUAUCAAUAAAAAUGUUUUUUUUUA